CCUUUCCCUUCUUGGCUUUGCCUUGUUUAUAGAAGAGCUCUCUCUCUCUCUCAACUCACUUCAACCAAAUCAAUACCCGCUAUCUCACUUCUUCCUCCUCAACCCAUCUUCACAGCACCCAUCCACCCAUUGCUACGCCUCCGCGUUACGGUUACGCCCUUUUCAGAGCACCGGCGGUGAGAAGAUGAGGAUCGAGGUGAAACAGUCGACAAUGGUGCGGCCGGCGGAGGAGACGCCGAUGCGGCGGCUGUGGAACUCGAACGUCGACCUGGUGGUUCCGAGUUUCCACACGCCCAGCGUCUACUUCUACCGUCCGACCGGCGCCGCCAACUUCUUCGACGCGCAGGUGAUGAAGGAAGCUCUGAGCAGAGCUCUGGUGCCGUUCUAUCCCAUGGCCGGACGGCUGGGCAGGGACGACGACGGCCGCAUCGAGAUCGACUGCAACGCCGAGGGCGUCCUCUUCGUUGAGGCCGAUUCCGACGCCUCCAUUGAUGAUUUCGGCGACUUCGCCCCCACUCUGGAGCUCCGUAGCCUCAUUCCGGCGGUUGACUAUUCCAAAGGCAUUUCAUCCUAUCCCCUUCUCGUUUUGCAGGUGACAUAUUUCAAAUGUGGGGGAGCAUCGCUUGGCGUGGGAAUGCAACACCAUGUGGCCGAUGGAGCUUCCGGCCUUCACUUUAUCAACACAUGGUCCGACAUGGCUCGCGGUCUUGACCUCACAAUCCCACCAUUCAUUGACCGGACCCUCCUUCGCGCGCGCGACCCUCCCCAGCCUGCUUUUGAACACAUUGAGUACCAGCCGCCUCCCGCCAUGAAAACUCCUCCCCAGCAAUCUGAAUCCGAGCCUGAGACAGCAGUUUCCAUUUUCAAAUUGAGCAGGGACCAGCUCAACGCUCUCAAGGCCAAGUCAAAAGAAGAUGGCAGCACGGCCAGCUACAGCUCGUACGAAAUGCUGGCAGGCCAUGUGUGGCGCAGCGUGUGCAAAGCCCGGGGUCUGGCAGAUGACCAGGAAACCAAGCUGUACAUCGCAACAGAUGGAAGGGCCAGACUUAAGCAGCCCACACUGCCGGCGGGCUACUUUGGCAACGUGAUUUUCACGGCCACCCCAAUGGCCAUAGCCGGGGAUCUCCAGGGGAAGCCCACUUGGUAUGCGGCCAGCAGAAUUCAUGACGCAUUGGUGCGGAUGGACGACGAGUACCUCAAGUCAGCUCUCGACUACUUGGAGCUGCAGCCGGACUUGAAGUCUCUGGUUCGUGGAGCCCAUACAUUCAGGUGCCCCAAUCUGGGGCUAACCAGCUGGGUCAGGCUGCCCAUUCACGACGCAGACUUCGGGUGGGGGCGCCCCAUAUUCAUGGGGCCUGGUGGGAUUGCCUACGAAGGGCUGGCAUUUGCAUUGCCAAGCCCAGACAAGGAUGGAAGCCUGUCUGUGGCCAUCUCCCUGCAGACUCAACACAUGAAACGCUUUGAGAAGUUUUUGUAUGAUAUAUAACAGUAGAAACAAAGAAAGAAAAGGGUUGAAUCCAAUCAUAAACUGAAUAAUAAUAAUAAUAAUAAUAAUAAUAAUAAUAAUAAUAAUAAAGUCUACGUUUAUAUAGUUUUGAUUGGGCGGGGAAACGGAUAUGGAUGAUGAUUAUGACUAACUGAUCAAUACGAAAAGUGAGAUCGUUUUUCUUCGCAACUGUUUUUGGAAGAAGAUACAUUAUAUAUCCCUACGACCCAAUUGUAAACAAAUGUAAGAAUAAUAAAAUGUCACUUCCUAAGAGCUUCAUGUAAAAACUAGAGUCCAAGAUGAAUGGGUAUGCCAUAGAAAUUCCUUUUCUUUUUUGAAGUAAGAUUUUAUUCAAAAUAAUUUUCAGGGAGAAACUAA